AGGGGGUUAGAAGAUAUAUUUGUAAGAUGGUUAAUACGUCAAAAGGUAUGUGGUACAGGCUGGCUAGGUGAAAGGGCUGCAUAGCAUGACGUACAUAGUUUGGUCUAAUGUAUUUUAUUGACCGAGCACUUUCAGAUAGAGCGUGUUAAAUAAAACUGACGAUCUCAAGAUCAAUAUCAAAGACCCGCAGAAUUAUUUGUUUUGGGGAUUCAUCCACAUACUGAGCAGAAUCCACAUGCUGCGGAAGCUUUGUUCUCAAGGUCGAGGUGUGUAACAAAAUUUUUUAGAUAUGGGUUCUGCCGCCUCUCACCAAACUCGAGAUGUGACUUUCCACCCCGACGAUAUUGUAAUUAGCGAAGAUGUAAUUAAGCGAAUCAAAAAUGCUGCUACCACCGAGGAUAAUACGAAAGAUGACGUUCGUGCCCCAGAAUCGUUCAAACCGCAGUAUAGCCUAGGUUUAAAACAUGAACUAGAAGAGGCAGAAAGAAGAUACGAAAAGCUCCUGCAACUAUUAGAAAAACGUAAUGAACAACUGUUCAACGAGGCUGCAGAAGAAUAUACACGGACAGUUGAGCGUUUAGAAAACAAGUACAUGAGACCUACUCCUGGGGGGUGUUGUGCUGCAGCUGAACAAAGAGUCGAAGAUUGUUAUAAGCAGAAUCCUGGAAGAAUACUUUUGUGUUCCAAACUUGUUUCAGAGUAUGAUCGUUGUGUGCAAAAUUUCCUUGUCACUAUGUCUAGGAAAGUGUCAAAUGCUGCCUGA